GCUCCCACUUCUCACUCUGUAGUCCGACCAGGAGGAGCCGCGAGGAUGAAGCUCCUGUUCGUGUCCGCCUUCGCCGUGUUCGCGCUGUCCGCCCUCGACCGGGCGGACUCCUCCGCUUACGACAAGAUCCUGUCCCACAGCCGCAUCAGGGCCAAGGACCAGGGACCCAACGUGUGCGCUCUCCAGCAGGUCAGCGGGACCAAAAAAAAGUACUUCAGCACCUGCAGGAACUGGUACCGUGGCUCCAUCUGCGGAAAGAAAGCGAUGGUGCUGUACGAGUGCUGCCCAGGAUACAUGCGGCUGGACGGAAUGCCAGGGUGCGCCGCAGUGGCACCCAUUGACCACGUGUAUGGCACACUGGGUCCUGUGAACGCCAUCCAAACGCAGAAGUACGCGGACAUGUCGAAGCUCAGGCCAGAGAUCGAAGGGGAGGGUUCGUACACAAUGUUCGCUCCCAGCAACGAAGCCUGGGAGCUCCUGGACCCUGAAGUGAGGAACGCUCUGGAGAGCAAUGUGAACAUCGAGCUGUACAACGCCCUUCACUAUCACAUGGUCAACAAGCGCCUGCUGACCAAAGACAUGAAGGACGGCCUGAAAGUCAUCUCCAUGUACAACGAUCUGGGCCUUCACAUCAACCACUACCCCAACGGGAUCGUCACGGUGAACUGCGCCAGGAUUAUCCACGGCAACCAGGUGUCCACAAACGGAGUGGUGCACGUCAUUGACCGCGUCAUCUCCGCCGUCGGAAACACCAUCCGUGAUGUCAUCGAAGUUGAUGAUGACCUAUCCUCUCUGAAAACCAUAGCUGAUAACUCUGGAUUGAUGGACAAGCUGGGGGAGAAAGGACAGUACACUCUGUUCGCCCCGACCAACAAGGCCUUUGACGAGCUGGACAGCGAUGUUCUGGAGAGGAUGAUGGGCGACAAGGGAGUCCUCAAAGCCCUGUUGAACUUCCACCUCCUGAACUCGGCCCAGUGCUCAGAGGCCAUCAUGGCCGGAACCUCCUUCGAGACCCUGGAGGGCCACAACAUCGAGGUCGGCUGCGACGGCGACAGCCUGACCGUCAACGGCGUCAAGAUGGUGCUGAAGAAGGACAUCGUCACCACCAACGGCGUCAUCCACCUGAUCGAGAAGGUGCUCAUUCCAGACUCAGCUAAACAGGUGACGGAGCUGAUUGGCGAGUCCCAGGGCACGUUUGGCGAUAUGGUCGCUGAGCUGGGAUUGGCUGCUGCCAUGAGGCCCAAGGAGGAGUACACUCUCCUGGCACCCGUCAACACAGCUUUCACAGAUGACGUGAUGGGUAUGGACCAGCGCCUCCUCAAGAUCAUUCUGGAGAACCAUGUCCUGAAGAAGAAGUUCCUCCUGAACCAGUUGUACAACGGCCAGCGCUUGGAGAGCAUCGGAGGAAAGAGCCUGAGGGUGUUCAUCUACCGCACUUCCGUCUGCAUUGAGAACGCCUGCAUGGUGAGGGGCAGCAAGGAGGGGACCAACGGGGCCCUCCACCUCAUGAAGGGCCUCAUAAAACCGGCCGUGAAGACCAUGUUCCAGAUCCUUACGGACGACGGACGCUUCAAGAUGUUCCUGUCCCUGAUAGAGGCUGCCGGUUUGACCGACCUGCUCAAUCAGGAGGGCGACUUCACUCUCUUUGCGCCGACUGAUGACGCGUUCGAGGGCAUGAGCCAGCGGGACAUAGCGCUGCUGACGAGUGACAUCAACGCCCUGAGGACAAUCCUACUGUACCACCUGACCAAGAGCGUGUUCAUUGGCGCUGGCUUGGAGGGCGGAGUCACCAACCUGAUGAAGUCCCUGCAGGGAAGCAACCUCAAAGUAAUCUCUGACAAGAACGGUCUCCAGGUAAACACUGUGGGCGUGGAUGACGCUGACGUGAUGGCAUCGAAUGGAGUGAUUCACAUUGUGAAACGCCUGCUGUACCCCGCAGAGCUGCCCGUUGGAAGCCAGGACUUGCUCUCUCUGUUGCGAAGACUGAUCACGCAAAUUCAGUUCAGGUAUGUGGCCGGACACAAAUACAAGGAAAUCCCUCUGACUUUCCUGAAGCGAGUUAUCACCCGCGUCGUCGAAGCAGACGUGACGGUGAAAACGCAGAGAAACAGGUAUCGCGCAGCGCCUCCGAAAAGGAUUUCCCGUGCUCUUCCAGACCCGGCGAUUACCAAGGUUACAAGGGUAAUUGAGGGAGAUCCUACUAUUACCAAGGUUACACGGGUCAUUGAAGGGGAUCCCACCAUCACCAAGGUCACAAGAGUCAUUCAAGGCGAGCCCACUAUUACCAAGGUUACAAGAGUCGUCGAAGGCGACCCCACUGUUACCAAGGUUACAAGGGUCAUCGAAGGCGAUCCCACUGUUACCAAGGUUACAAGGGUCAUCGAAGGAGAUCCCACCCUAACACAUUUCACCAGGGUCGUCUCAGGUGACGUGGGCGGCGAGGCGGAUCUGAAGAAGCUUCUGGAAGAAGGGACCAGCUACUCCCACUUCACCACCAUCGAGGGCGACGCUUCGAACAUUGACUUAGACACAGAAAAAAUCACCAAGCUCAUCGAAGGAAAACCAACAAGACGUGUCCCACCGAAAAAAGAUAAACCUAACACCCGAAGAAGAGGUCGUCAGUGAACGCUAGCAGAACGCACCAUCACCUUAUGAAUACGAGGAGCUACGAUCAUUGGACAUCAGGAGACCCACGGGCCCGUGACCUGGUCAACGCGCUCGACGGAGAACUGGUUGUGGAUAGACUAGAUCAACUGAAUUAAAGAAGAAAGAAAAACAAAACUAUUUUUUUUUUUUGUGAAAGAAAAUAUUGGUGUAUGUAAUCCCUACGUGCAAUGAAAGGCUUGGUCCAAAAAAAAAAAAAAAAAAAAAAAAUACAUUGGUAGCCAGUAGUCCAAAAGCAGCCAGUAAAAUUCGGAAGCCCUAUACAAGCUAUUUGUGCUUGUCUGUGUGUGUGUGUGUGUGUGUAUGUGCGUGUGUGUGCCAUCAUUAAUAUUAUAUAUGUCAUAUUAUAUAUAUCACAGCUGGAAACGGCAAGUGAAAUAAGACCAAGAAGUGUAUGUUUGUAAAUGACUUUAUUUGCAACGUGGGAGGAAAGGUUGAAGGGGCAGCUUAGGGCAUUUACCUCUGCAUGACCAUGAUUUUGAUGGUGCUUGCAUUUAAAUUCAGAAUGCCACUUUUCAGUUUAAAUAAACAAUGCUUGGCGACAUGACGCAUGUUGACAGUUCCCACCCAUUUUUAUGUAUGAAAAUGUGCUCUUUCAGAGGUUAAUGCAUCCUGUACGUUUUUUUUUUCAUUUUGUUUGGUUUUUCUUACUUGUUUUGAAAUUUAAUUAUGUAACUGCUGCAUCCUGCAGCCUUAAUUUUUCAAAAAAACAUUUCUAAAAAGCAUUUUAUUGGUUCCUGGUGUGCACAUGGCUUCACACAUUUUCUGCUACAAACUUCACCUUUGGAACAAGUGUUCAAUAAAAUCUAUUAUGGGUGUUAAUAUUUUCA